UUGCAAUUGGCCCAGUGUCUUUCCUUCCUCAGCAGGGACUCUUCGCCUCUCUCUCUCUCUCUCCUCCUCUGUGAUGUGAUGUGAUCAGUGGGUGAGAGGGGGGAGACGAGCAACACACAGCGGAGAGAACCGGGCGUGCUGCUCCGUCAUCAUCUUGUUGGCUCAUCCUUCCACCACCACCACCUGGUCCUGGAGACGCCUGGAGUCUUGCAGCAGCACGAUCGAGCCUUUUAUUUCGCAGCCUUUUCUCUGAAUGACGGGCGGAAGGUUUGAUUUCGACGACGGUGGCACUUACUGCGGCGGGUGGGAGGAUGGCAAAGCCCACGGACACGGCAUCUGCACCGGACCCAAGGGCCAGGGCGAGUACGCCGGCUCCUGGUCGCACGGCUUCGAGAUAGUAGGGGUGUACACCUGGCCCAGUGGGAACACCUACAGGGGCUACUGGUCCCAGGGGAAAAGGCAUGGGUUAGGCGUGGAGAAUAAGGGAAAGUGGAUGUACCGAGGAGAGUGGAGUCACGGGUUUAAAGGUCGCUACGGGAUCCGGCAGAGUCACAACACACCUGCGAGGUAUGAUGGCACCUGGAGCAACGGGCUGCAGGAUGGAUAUGGGAUCGAGACCUAUGGUGAUGGAGGUACCUAUCAAGGCCAGUGGAUGGGUGGGAUGCGACAUGGCUACGGCGUGCGUCAGAGCGUCCCCUAUGGCAUGGCCACCGUCAUCCGCUCUCCUCUCCGCACGUCUCUGGCCUCCUUGCGCUCCGAGCAGAGCAACGGCACGGUGCUCCAGGACCUCUCUUCCCCAGCGGACACGCCGACGGGCAGCCGCGGCGGCUUCGUCCUCAACUUCCACUCGGACAGCGAGGUCGUCACCGGCAAGAAGAAGGGCCUGUUCCGCCGGGGCUCGCUCUUCGGCAGCCUCCGGCAGCUGCGCAAGUCUGACUCUCGGACCUCGAUCUCCAGCAAGCGCAGUUCUGCGCGCAGCGACGCCGCCAUGAGCCGCAUCAGCUCCAGCGACGCCAACUCUACCAUAUCCAUCGGCGACGGCGAGCUGCCAGACGAGGACCUACCUCUGGAGGACCACGUGGACGCCACCACGACCGAGACUUACAUGGGCGAGUGGAAGAACGACAAGCGCAAUGGAUUUGGUGUUUCGGAGAGAUCCAACGGGAUGAAGUACGAGGGAGAGUGGCUUAACAACAAGCGCCAUGGUUACGGGUGCACAGUUUUCCCAGAUGGCACCAGAGAGGAAGGGAAGUACAAAAAUAACGUGCUGGUGCGUGGAAUAAGGAAGCAGUUGAUUCCUCUUAAGAACCCCAAAACCAAAGAGAAAGUCGAUCGGGCCGUGGAGGCGGCGCAGAGGGCUGCAGCCAUCGCCAGGAGUAAAGUGGAAAUAGCAGCUUCCAGAACGGCCCAUGCCAGGACAAAAAGCGAGGCUGCAGACCAGGCUGCCAUCUCUGCUGUGCACGACUCAGAAAUUGCCAGGGCGGUUGCUAGGGAGCUCUCCCCCAACUUCUACCAACCAGGACCUGACUACUUAAAACAACCGGUGAAGGAGCCUGUGGAGAUUAAAGAGGUCCCUGUUGAAAAGAAGGACAGCUCCGCGGGAAAUUCUCCCCACUUUUACCGCAAAGGCACCACUCCUCCCCGCUCCCAUGCGACCAGCCCUGUAGCCACGCCUCCCCCUUCGCCUCACUCCAGCAGCAAGAAGAAAGGUCAGCUCGCCAACAGCACCAGCCGUAAAACCAGUAAAGAGGAAAAGCCUUCCCGCAAGACGAGCAAAGAGGAGAAGUCAAGUCAUAAGACCAGCAAGGACGAGCGGUCUAAUAGAAAGAUAAGCAAAGAGGAGAGGCCGCCCGUCGCCGAUGGCCCCAAAAGUUCUCAUGUGCACGUCGAGGCUCCGCCUAAACCCGCUAAAAUUCAGCAGCCUACCGCGGCACCUGCUCCUCAUCCUCCACAGCCUCCUGCACUUCCAGUCAAUGGCGAGCUCCACACCGAGUACCACAGUUACUACGUCAAGGCCCCUACAAGGGGCCAACCACCCCCGGACCCUGAAGAGGAUAUAGAAGAAGAGCCUAGUAUCCUGGACCUGGCACGUAUGCCCCCGCAACUCCCUAAAUCCUAUAGUUCCCCCCCUCCUAAGCCAGCCUCCUUACGGGAGAGCAAGAGCGAUCCGAAACUCAGGAAGCAGGAUUCCCUAAAGCCAAAGAGCCUCGCAGACGCAAAGAAAAGCAGUAUGGAUUGUGCAGAAGGCAUGGCAGAAACAGGUCCUAACUCGAUCCUUGUUGCUAUGGUAAUGCUGCUGAAUAUUGGCCUUGCAAUUAUAUUUGUCCACUUUCUGACAUGAUGAUGCUGUUUCUCAGUGAAACCAUGGCAACCGGUACAGUUGCAUCGCCGGCCUUGAAAAAUGAAAAUGGCGCCAGUGAGACACGGGGGCGGCCGUAGGUGUUUAGGAAUCAGCGCGGCACCGAAGAGAAUCAGGAGGAAGGCAUCGCUACCACCAACCUGUCAUGGGCCUUCUUUAGGCCCAGCCCUGUGAAUUAGCACUCCUUUGGCUUCUCUGAAAGCUGAGGUGAAAUGUCGUGUCUAGUGAGAUAUAAAAAAAAAAGUUUAAAAACGCAACCAAACAUACACAGUCUGAAAAAAGAAGUAAUUGAAACCCACACGUGUGCUGAUCCAAGCACUGGUCUCUGUAGCCCGCUGCCUUGGCAGAGAUAGCGGCGGGCUGACGGACUUCGCUGGAAGAGUGUGGAGAUGCACUUUUAGAUGACGGGAGCAAACAGCUGCCUUUCUAUUUUGCCAUCUGACGUUUUGAUGGGGAGAUGUGAGCCCGGCGGCCGGGGAGGGGAGGGAGAACAGUCGCAGCGGGAGCGUGCUCGGGUGUUCGGAGCGUUUCCUGGGGUUCACACCACUCUGGGACACAGGAAACUGGGCACGGCCGUUGCCAGCAGCAGUCAGUGCUUGCACGGUCACUAGCCAGUCUUACUCUGUUUACCCAAUCAUCACCGCAGCUUUCUCGAGCUCCGUCCAUUGUAACCCAGGAUACACUGCUCUGAAACACUCCCCAUGCAUGGUACAGUUUUAACCUUUUUUGUUUGUUUUCUGUUUUAUUUUUCGUUCGUCGUCGUUCUCUGAAUGUUGGUUACCUGCAGUCAUAUGCUUGUAGUUGAAAAAGGAAAUUUCUUCUCCUCUCAAAAUGAGUAAAUACAUUUGUUUUCCCUUUUUAUUUUUUGAAAGUUUUCCCUUUUAUUUUGAAAUUCUACUCAUUUCUAACAAUUGAGUUGUAAUUUGACAUUACACAUUCAUGUUACUGAAAGUGCAAUAUGUUUUAUUUUUUCAAAGAAAAGCUUAUAGUAUAUUUUGCCAAAAAGAAAAAAGGGGCAGGGUAGGGUGUACCAUUAUAAAAAAAAAUCCUAUGUUCCGUUUAUUUUGUCAGACUCUUAUAAUUUGAAUCGACUGGUUUUGAGAGAGGUUGUCGCUUAACAGCCGGCAUUGUGUGUUUAGGAAGGAGGCUCACACUUUAAAAGCUACCUAGCUCUGUGAGAGUGAAGUAACAAAUGUCUUAUGUUAUUUAUUAAAUCGGAAGGAAAAUAAUGUCAUUGCACGUCAAUGCUUUACUUCCUUCCUUCUAUUCUUUGCUUUCAAUGUUUCAGAAUACCACUAAAAAUGCAAAGAUGCAGUUCACGCAGCUGCUCCUGUAGGCCCGGCAGUGUUUGCGUGCUUGUUGGACGGUGGAUGUUGAAUUUAUUCAGGUUGAGGCCAUGGGGAAUGUGGCACCAGGGAGAAGGAGAGAUGCCUUUAAAAGUCUUUAACAGUACUACUGUUUACCUCAGAUAAAGAUGAGGAAGGGGGGGAGGGGAAGAGAUGCCAUCCUUGUCUUAACUUUGUCGUGUGGGGGAUACUUUGACUGUUGUCAUCACCUGAAUCAUGCUUGCCUCAUCGUAGCUGUUUGUAGUCUUUGUUGCAGGUAUGGCAUGAGUUUCUUUGAUUUUAAAAGUGGUUAUUUAUGUGGUUGGCAUUUACUGUCAUCACUACCGAGGUUAAUUAUUUAUUCAAUGUACAACUGAUGUGUUUGUGAACAUUGGUCAUCAUAAAAAAAGGGCUUUAAUACGGCUAGGUUUUCUUUUUCUGCAAUUCAGUUUUGAAUUACACAAUGAGCAGCACGUUGCAUCUGGAGAAUGCUUCAGUCUGUUAGAUGUUUGCAAACUGUCCACAUAACUAACUGUUAAAAUAUAUAUUCAAAUUGUGGAAUAGACAAUAUAAAAGCAGACCAAGACACUAGAUUAUUAAAAAAUGUUAUAUUACAAAUGUGAGCAUUAAAUAACCCUUUCUUUGCUACACCCUCUUUUCUUGUUUUAACUGUCUUCACGUGAGCAUGGUGAAGACCGACGUUUCGGAGGGUUUAACAGAUCAGCCUGUUUAUGGGAUAUUUUUUGAAAUGCAACAUUGCAUGUCGGAGUCAUUUAUAUAUAGAUUAUUAUAUACUAUUUGUAAGGAUUUUUACAGAGCACAAUCCAGAAUCUGGUAUAUGAGUUGGUAUUUUUCUAACAAUUUGCACACCUGUAUUUUGACAAUGAAUAUAACUUGUUUGUAAUUGGUAAUGUAAUGCACAUAUGAUAAUGUUUGACAGUGGAGAAAAAAAAAUACUUUAUUUCUAAUUGGUUGUACUGUAUGUACCAUUUGGGGGAUGUGAAAGGCAGAUGUACUUGUUUGAGUAUUUUAGGAUAUGACGAGGAACUGCGGGAGACUUUUGAUAUCUCAAGGUUCAUGUGACCCCACUGAUUUGUGCAAAGUCUUUGGAGAUGAAGUUAUGUGUAUAACAAUAAAGAUGUUAUGCCUUGUUAAACUACA